UGGGAGUGGUGUGGGAACCAGAGCCCUCGUGCGCUGAGGACCCGGUGCUCGGCCACGCAGUCUAGGAAGCCAGGUCCGCUCCGGGCUUAUUCGCUGUCUCGCUUUGCAGUUCGGAGCCGCGCCCCAGUGGCUGGAGUUGUUCCUCAGACUGAGGAGAAGGUGGGCGCCGGAACGUGACCGUGGCGCAUAUUUUAGAAAGAAAAGAUAAAAUUUGAAGUAAAUCUAUAUUCAUGAAGUGUGACUCCAUACAAACUACAAAAUGUCAAGAAGGAAAAAAAGAUCCAAUAGAAAUGUUUCAUUCUGGGCAGCUGGUGAAAAUCUGUGCCCCAAUGGUUCGAUAUUCAAAGUUGGCUUUUAGAACACUAGUAAGAAAAUACUGUUGUGAUCUGUGUUAUACACCAAUGAUAGUUGCUGCUGAUUUUGUCAGAUCUAUAAAAGCCAGAGACAGUGAAUUUACCACAAACCAAGGUGAUUGCCCAUUGAUUGUUCAGUUUGCUGCCAACGAUGCAAGACUUUUAUCUGAUGCUGCUCGUAUAGUCUGUCCUUAUGCGAAUGGAAUAGACAUUAACUGUGGUUGCCCUCAGAGGUGGGCAAUGGCAGAAGGUUAUGGAGCUUGCUUAAUAAAUAAGCCAGAGCUUGUUCGAGAUAUGGUGAAACAAGUAAGAAAUCAAGUGGAAAACCCCAAAUUUUCAGUUUCUAUUAAAAUAAGGAUCCAUGAUGACCUUACCAGAACCGUAGAUCUUUGUCGAAAGGCUGAAGCAACUGGAGUUUCCUGGAUUACAGUCCAUGGAAGAACUGUUGAAGAAAGACACCAGCCAGUCCACUAUGAUGCCAUUAAAAUAAUAAAGGAAAAUAUGUCUAUACCUGUAAUUGCUAACGGAGAUAUCCGGAGUUUAAAAGAGGCUGAAAAUGUGUGGCAGAUUACUGGGACAGAUGGUGUGAAGAAAAAAAUGACAAUCCAAUGGGUGGCAGUUGCAACCUUUCUUUAUGCCGAAAUAGGACUCAUUUUACUCUUCUGUCUACCUUUUAUUCCUCCUCAGAGAUGGCAGAAGAUUUUUUCAUUUAAUGUUUGGGGUAAAAUUGCAACUUUUUGGAACAAGGCUUUUCUUACCAUUAUAAUCCUAUUGAUUGUUCUGUUUCUAGAUGCUGUGAGAGAAGUAAGGAAAUAUGCCUCUAUUCAUACAAUUGACAAGAGCUCAACUAGCAAACUUGGUGCCUAUGAACAUACACAGAUGAAACUUUUUAGGUCUCAAAGAAAUCUUUACAUUUCUGGAUUUUCAUUAUUUUUUUGGCUAGUGUUGAGACGUCUGGUCACACUUAUAACUCAGCUGGCAAAAGAACUAUCAAACAAAGGAGUGCUUAAAAGUCAAGCAGAAAAUACUAAUAAGGCUGCCAAAAGAUUCAUGGAAGAGAAUGAAAAACUAAAAAGGAUUUUGAAAACCACAGAUGAAGAACAUACUUUGGAAACAGAAAAUAAAAAACUAGUAGAAGACCAGGAAAAACUGAAAGCUGAAUUAAAGAAGACUUUAGAUGCCCUUUAUAAGGCACAGAGUGAUGUGAUGACAAUGAAGACACAGUCAGAGAGACUUUCAAAAGAAUAUGAUCGACUUCUGAAAGAGCACUCAGAACUUCAGAAUCGUUUAGAAAGAGACAAUAAGAAAGGUCUGUGAACUUCAUGGAAGAAGAUUCUGAUACACCGUGUCAAGAUAAUAAAUUUGUUAUCAUGGUAGCCACUAGAAAAUUUAAAAUUCAAUUUAGAAAAAUGUACUAUGACUGGCUAAUAGUGUUUUUUAAUGCCACACAUAGACUAGGUAGUAGUGAAAUUUUCAAAAUAUUUGAUAAUGUUUCAAAUAUAUUACAAAGAGUAUAUUCCAGCUCUUUAAAAAAUAUAUAAGCAUGUUAAAACCCAUAUUUACAUAUUGAUAGACAUUGGUGCAAUGGUGGCUCUUACCAAUAAAAGGCUCAUUGAUUAGCCAGUUACUUCUAAAUUUAGACAUUUUAAAGUUGCAUGAAACUAUUAAUAGCCUUGAAAGCUUUGAUGAGUUUUCAGUAAUAAUCUAUUUAAUCAGUUGCUGAUAAUGAUGUGUUUGAAAAUAGUAAUCAGUAUUGGAAAAUUUAUUCAUAGGAAAUUUAAAUAAGGAUAAAUGAUAAAUAUUAACCACUGUAUUUAUAGAGAAGAGUCACCAACAACAGUGAAAACAGUGACAAUGUUUUUUUUUAAGCUUGAUCUUACUAUGGUUUAUUCAAAUAAGACUAUUGAUAUAUUUUUGUUACUGCACUUUUACACCUGUCAUACUGUUUUUUAAUUGACAUUUGUGUUAGUAAUACAAAAAUUGUUAUGAAUUCCACCUUUUCACUCAGCAUCGUGGCACAAGCCUGUAAUCCCGGCUCUGGAGGCUGAGGCUAGAGGAGUGUGAGUUCAAGGUCAAUCUCAGUAAUUUAGCAAGGCCCUAAGCAACUCAGUGAGACCCUGUAUCUAAAUAAAAUAUAAAAAAGGGCUGGGAUUGUGGCUCAGUGGUUAAGUGCCCCUAGGUUCAAUCCCUGGUUCAAAAAAAAAAAAAAUUCUACCUUUUCAAGAUCAUUCUAUUAAUAGAGAUUACAACUGUUUGCAUUAACUAUCAUAGCAUUGGACUGAACUUACUUUACAAUGUGGAAUUAUUGACUUAAAAAGUUAAUGUAUAACAUAUCCAAAAAGCAGUGGUUUUUAUGUUUGUGAGAGCUACAAAUUACACAGAUAUUACCUCAAAUAUUCAUACACUGGUGUCCACAGUUUCUGAGACAUUUCUGUGUUCUAGAAGCUAAAUAUUAAAUGCUGCUUUCCUUUCAAAUAUUCAUUUAGAGAUAGUGAUUGUAAGAGUAACAAUUUAGUUAACGAUUUAGGUUUCAGUGUUUAGACAUGAAAAUUUAUUUCCUUGUCUCAUAAAGACCUAAAUAUAAAAGAAAAUGAAAAAUAACUGCUUAAAUGUUUGAUGAACAUUUAAAACAAAUGAAUAACCAUUAACUCAAAAAGAGCUUAAAUUAGUAUCUAUUUGUGGAAACUAUUUUGCUGUUGAAUAUACAUGAUACUCCCUUUUUUUUUAACAGAGAUAGAUUUUUUAAAAAUAUUUAUUGUUUAGUUUUCGGCGGACACAACAUAUUUAUUUUAUUUGUAUGUGGUGCUGAGGAUCGAACCCAGCGCCGCACGCAUGCCAGGCAAACAUGCUACCACUUGAGCCACAUCCCCAGCCCUCAUCCUCUUUUUUUGUUUUGUUUUGUUUUGUUUUAGUACUUGGGAUUGAACCUAGGGCCUUCUUGCAUGCUAAGCAGGUACUCUCUAGCCCACUCUUUUUAAUUUUAAUCUUAGACAGGACUCACUAAGUUGUCCAGGCUGCAUCAAAUUUGCAGUCCUCCUGCCUCAGUGUCCCAAGUUGCUGAGGUUACACGCGUACACCAUAGCACCCAGCUGUUGUUCAUUGUAAUUUUAAUGUGUAUUUUAAUUUUGUGUGUAUUUGACUUUUUAUUGUAAGGUGUAUAAUAUCAUUUCAAGUAAAAGUCAAGUGUUACUGCUAGAAAACAGAUAUGAAGGAGACAUUUAACAGAAGUAAGAAAUAGGAGUUAGCCCAUAUGGUCUAACAACACCAUAAAUAACAAGGAAAGGGAGUGCUGAAAUAGGAGAGAAAUGAACAAAUGACAGCUCAAAGUAGAGACAUAGAAAUAUCAAAGUGAGAUCUAUAUGGGUAAAUACAUAGAUAUUGAAUGUGUGUGAUCUUGGCCUACUUUACAAAAAUCAAGUCUAAAGUCAGAAUAACAUGCAAAAAAUGGAGAAAAAUACACAUCUUUAGAACUGGAAGAACCAAAAUCCCAACAUCAUCAUUUAUAUAGCCAUGUGAUUUUUAAGUUUUUCAAAUUUGCUAGGCCUCCAUUUUCAUCUCCAAAAUGGGAAUAAUAAAAUUUGAUAAGGAUUGCUAUACAAACUAAGAUUACACAGUGAUUCUCAAAGUUGUUCAAACUGUAUAGUAAGGAGUCUGGGUACUUUUUGACAAGCAUGAGGAUUUGCAAAACUUUUUAAUGUUUACAUAUAGGGGAUCUUAAACCUCAACACUCAAUUUUGCAGAUCUUCAACUAGAGACUUUGAAAGUUUGAUCCUUUUUCCCAAGGAAAGGAUUUGAGGGUAAGGAUUUGAGUCUAGAAUUCAUGUAUCUAGUUUCCCUAGAUAUUAAUUCACAGCUGGCUGUAAUUUGCUAAAUUGAAAACAUUGCCAUGUUUUGCCAGUGUUUGAACCAGGGAGUCUGGCUACAGAAUCUGUAUGCUUUACCACUGUACCAAACUGUCUCACACAUCGUAUUUGUUAGUUCUUCCUAACUCUCUUUAGGUACUUAGCAAUUUCUAUCAUGUGAGGAAAUAUGUAUUACAUGAAUUUAGUUACACUGCAUAUUAAAUUGUUUUUCUUCUCAUUAUCA